AUUUGAAAUUGAACGACCGCCGACGGCUCGCUCGUGCUGUCUUUGUUUAAUAACAUUUUAUUGUGUUCUUAGAAAUACACAGGGUUUGUCCUAUAGAGGAAUUAUAACAUCAAAACAUCAAUGGACAGGGAAUCCUCGCUUCGCUGUUUUCGAUGUAGGAAGGUUUGCGCAGGUGAAUCGCUGCGAGUGAACGAUCAGCUUUUUCAUGCCGACUGCCUGGUUUGCUUGGUGUGUGGCAAGGACUUGGAAAAUAUUGGAUUUUUUGUGGAAAGCAACCAGUAUUACUGUCCUGAAGACUUCCAGGAACGCUUUGGCACAAAAUGCUUCAUUUGUCAUCUAUUUGUGGAAGGAGAAGGAAUCAACAUUGGUAAUAAUGCAUAUCAUUUGCGCUGCUUUGUUUGCACUGGUUGCAGAAAUCCAUUUCCUCCAGGAGAGAAAGUUGUUGCUAAGGGUAACCAUUACCUCUGCCAACAGUGCAAUUCAAAGGAGAUAAACAAUGAUUCAAGAGUACGCAAACUUGAUAGGUGUGCAGGUUGUGGAGAAGAUAUUCGCAGUGGCCAGUCAUUGUUAGCUCUGGAGACACAAUGGCAUCUUUGGUGCUUUACAUGUACAAAAUGUGGCUGCUUGCUGGCUGGAGAGUACAUGGGCAGGGAUGGAAAGCCUUACUGUGAGAAAGAUUAUCAAGCAGAGUUUGGUGUGACUUGUGCUGGCUGUGGCGGAUAUAUUAUUGGAAAGGUCCUACAGGCUGGUGAAAAACAUUAUCACCCUCAUUGCUCACGCUGUGCAAGGUGUCAUGGAGUGUUUGGUGAGGGUCAAGAGAUGUUUUUGCAAGGAUCUGAAAUUUGGCAUCCAGAUUGUAGCUUUGCAGCAGCUCAGAAUGGUGAACUGGAAACAGACUCUGGAGGUCCGCGCAAUGGAUAUCAGUAUCCUGAGGAGGAAGCUCCCCGUCCCUCCCCUCCCACAAGAACUUCAGCAAGUCGCGUAUCAGAAUGGAAAGCGAAGUACUCGCCUCAGAAAGAAGAACAAACUUACAAGCCAGUGGCGACUUGGAGAGCAGAACAGGUGGAACAAUCUUGGUAUCAGUCAAGUUAUACCUCGAACAAAGACACUGGAGCCUAUAACAGUAGUUCAUACAGAGAGAUCACUGCCAGGCAAGAGGCAAGUCUGAAUGAAUCACCACGGAGAAUAGGUUCGCAAGACUCGUUAGAUAUGGCAGAAUUCGAGAGAAGUGUCGACAAAAAACCUCAGAUUUACGCUUAUAAAGAUCUCAAAACGACAAACUACAAGUUGCCGCGAGAAGCGGACAAGACGAAACUCGAGACGUAUCUCACCGAUGAGGAAUUCCGUGAAGUGUUUACAAUGUCAAGAGAAGAGUUUUACAAGCUGCCAGCCUGGAAACAAGUGUCUCGCAAGAAAGAAGUUCUGUUGUUUUAGAUAUGGUUUGUUUCCACACCAUUUAUUUUGGAUGUCACAGCUUCUAUGCUGUAUUCUCUACAAAGAGCAAGUUUCAAUCGAUUGUCGGAAAUAAUUCGACUCUGCAUUGGUUUUGCUUCAAAUCGCCAUGUGAUUGGUUCAGAAAAAUCGCGCCACGUUUUCAAUCAAUCAGGUGCAAGGCUAAACCAGUCGCGGCUUGUUCGUCCGCGUUUUCCCGCGCUUUAGGCUGCGCUUUGCUCUGAUUGGCCGUUGGGAUUACUUUGAUUCGGUUUUACGACACUCAAUGCAAAGGCGCUUCAUUUGCUUAGAAUGAAAAGAAUUUGUGACGCAUGGGUACAUUUGAAGAAUGUUACAACUUCUUUUGAAAAUGUUUACAAAGUUAUGAUAUCAGAGUCGAUGUAGAAGGAAAUCUUCAAACUUAAAUGAAAGAUUUCUCGGCCAGAUAUGUUCUGGAUGGAAAACUUCCUCCUCCUCGAUUAUUUGAAUCAAAUUGCUUUUCCCGAGAUGUGCUACUCUUUCAACUAAAAAACUAAAUGUUUCUUGGAGUUAUUUGUUUUCGACUUGUGAACCAAGAUUUACCAUUUUACGUUCUUAAACUGAAGAGUUUAUCUCCACCCAUUCUGGAUUAUUUCAGGUAAAUGACCAGAAGUUUAAGCAUUACGCGUUUACAAAUAGGUAAGGUGACAAUUCUAGGUCAGUGAAACUUAUUUUGAAGAGUUGUUGGGCGUGCGAGUUUCUUUCCAAUCGGAGAACGGCGCGAGUACUCAGUUGUUACGUUUCUGGGCAACAAUAGCUUGUGCUAAGAUCAGUUUCUCAGAUGCUAGUUCCCCGACAUGAAAAUCAAUUAAGUUAGAGUCACAUCUAAAUUUUAAGGUAGAUUGUCAAUCGCGGGCGGUAGUCCAAUUGUUUCACAAAUUCACGCAUUUUUAGUAAAAGAAAUAUAUGAAAAAUUUAAUUAAGAAACAUUAAAGAAUUUACCUUUACCUUAAAUCACGUUACAUAAGUGGAUUUGAAAUUAGAAAAGGUCAUCUAGAAAUAGUGGUUGGUACUUCUAGGGAUGUAUUUUAUAUAUGGCUCGUGAGCCGGUAAAAAGGCCAAGAAAUUUAUUAUUAAAAAUGGUGGUUAAAAUUAAA